AAGAACAUUAUCCAAAACAUCAACGGCUGCUUCCCGCCGAAGUCGCUGUGCGCACUGAUGGGGCCGUCCGGCUGCGGCAAGACCACGUUCAUGAACGCCCUCUGCAACAAAGCCCGGUAUGGCAAGGUGACGGGCACCGUGCGCGUCAACGGCAAGGUGGACGGGCUCGCCGGACUCGAUUCGCUCAUCGGCUUCGUGCCGCAAGAUGACACGGUGCACCCCAACCUGACGGUCUACGACAACCUCUACUACAGCGCGUUCGCGCGCCUCCCCGCCUCUAUGUCCAAGAUCGAGAAGAUGGAUGAGAUCGAGACGGUCAUCAAGGUGCUUGGGCUUGACAAGGUGCGCAACUGCCUGGUCGGCGACGCGGAGAAGCGGGGCGUGAGCGGCGGGCAGCGCAAGCGGGUCAACAUCGGCGUCGAGCUCGUGGCCCGCCCCGCGGUCCUCUUCAUGGAUGAGCCGACGAGCGGCCUCGACGGCGCGGCCACCCUCUCGCUGCUCAACUGCCUCUCAGAUCUGCAGACGAACCAGGGCCUCACCAUCGUGUGCGUGAUCCACCAGCCGCGCUUCUCGGUCUUCAAGAAGUUCUCGCACGUGCUGCUCCUCGGCGAGGGCGGCAAGCAGGUGUACGUCGGCCGCCAGGACAAGGUGCAGCCGUACCUCGAGCGGCUCGGCUUCGACAUGCCGCAGGGCGAGAACAGUGCG